ACGCACGUAAGUCCGGAACCGGCCGGGGGAAACUCCGGUUUCCUCUGUUAAACCCCCUUAGCCCGUAAGUUUUGAAAACGAUACAUAUCAGUGUUGCAUUCCUACAUCCUACGUACGAUCUACUUGUUGAUGAGAAAAUCGCUCGAAUAUACUAUAUACACUAUAUACAUAAUAUAUAACUAUGUUAUACGGUCAGAAGACUUACUGCAACGAAACAUAUCAUGAAGUUACUGCUGCAAGCCUACGGAUAUUGUAGAGGUUACUGCUGUUAGAGCUCGUUAUUUUUGGGAUGUCGGUCUCGUAAUCGAGUUGAUGGCAAUUGGCUGAAAUGGGGACUUCGGUCUCACGUCUGAUUGUAAAAAGAUUGUUAGCUUUACAGCGAUGGCAAAAGAAUGAAAUUUACAUAUCUAAUUAUAUAUAUUUAUGUACAUGAACAUAUCUGUAUAAUAAAGUUAUUGUUUCAAUGUAUAUCUAUAUGUCCGUUGCAUUUCAGACUAUUCCGGGCGUAUCUGGUUUUUAUAUUCGUGGUAGGUAUGUAUGACUGAAAAUACAAAAUAUUUAUUUGAAUUGGUCCGAUCCUGGGGGGCCUGGCAGGGCAAUUCUAUUCGGAGCAUUUCCAUCUAGACCUGAUCGGCUCGAAGUGUACACUUUCGGCUCGGGACGGACUUGCGACUUCUUGGCGGCAGUGGGAGAACUCGGUGCACAGAUAGUUAGUGGGGCGCGGAUCCAGUACGGCACAGGUGUAAUGGAUGCCAACAAGGAGCCUCCGAAGCCGCCGCAACAAAAUGCGGCAACAGGCUUCGGAUUGGAGGACCACGAGGCCACGGGCGCCGAUCCACGGGUGAAUGCUUUCCGGACGGGCGAGGACAAGCGCCGGGCAUCACUAAGCUCGAAAUCUCAAACUCGCAUCCAGCCCCAAAAUACUGCCAACAAUCCCGUUUCCGCCCACGUCCAAACAGGGGCCCCGCCGUCCGCUGGCCAGGUUGCAGCAUCUCAGCCCAGUGAGGAGCAAGCGAGGCGCUCAUCCGGCCCCAAUGCAGCUGUUAAUUACGGUAUGGAGGAUGAGAAGGCCAGUGCGCAGGAUCAGCGGGUGAAAAACAUCCAGGAGGAACAUUUUCGUCGCUAUCGCUCGCAAAUGUCGAUUGCCUCAAUGAAUACCUCUGCCGUGCCAGACCCUCCUCCAAAGCCAGUCCGCAGCUCCGAAACGGAAAGCGAUACUCUGGGAUCAGACGUGCCUCAGGAAGUUAACAAUGAGGGAAGAAAAGUAGAACCUGAGACGGAGCCGGGGGUGGAAAUGAAGCAGGUGUCCAUAAAAGUAGACCCGGAAACAGCGCCGCUACUGCCUCCUCCUCCUCCUCCUGCUCCAGCUCCUGCUGCUGCUGCUCCGGAACCUGCGCGCAAAUCGUUAGACAUGGCACCAAAACAAGAAUUCACGGAAUCCCCUCAAAGGCCCGAGGAUUUGCCGUUGCCACCACCCACCAUGCCGGCCGGGGACGAUGAAAAGGGCAUGGACUUGGACGAAAAGGACGACGCUGAAAGCUCUUUGAGCAAACUCACCAAUACGGAUGUGACCUUUGAUCCCUCAAAAGCCUAUGCCUGCAAGGGGACCAAUACCUCGCCCGAUCCCUCCGGACUGAUCUAUACAGAGGCAGAGGAUAGCGAUACAGAUGUCAGCGACGAGGAAGAGGAGAACAACCUUCCAGAUGUGGUUCCUGCCGAGAAUUUGGACCAGCUCUUUCUGUUGGCCUGCCGUGAGGUUCGAAGUGUGGGUUCCAUUGCCCUCACAGAAAGUAACAAGGAUGAGAACAAGCAAAUCGCUAACAGGAGUCCUAACCAGCAUGCCAUAUCUCCAGCUGGCAACGCCGUGGAGGAGUUGUUCAUCGAGGCCAUAAGUUCCAGAUAUCCUGACCACAAAUUCAUAGCUGAGGAGAAAAUUUCGAGGUCUGAAGAUGGCAUUUGUAACUUGACGGAUGAUCCCACGUGGAUCAUUGAUCCCAUCGAUGGUACCGUCAAUUACGUCCAUCAGUUCCCCUACUACUGCAUUUCCGUGGCCUAUUUGGUGAACAAGCAGACCCAGUUCGGCAUCAUCUACAACCCUCCAAUGAAGAACAUGUACACGGCUCAGCGGGGAAAGGGUGCCAAAAUGAAUCGCCAAAAGAUCAAGACCACUGGACAGAGGGAGCUCUCCAAUGCCUUGGUCCUGCAGGAUUACGGAACGGCGGGUAAUGAUGAGCGUAGAAGGGCAGCCAAGGCGAACGCAGAUACUCUAUCCGGGAAAGUGCAAGCUUUGCGCGACGUUGGCUCUCCGGCUAUGUGCCUGGCGUUGGUGGCUUCUGGAGUGGCGGAUGCCUACUUCAAUUUUGGCCUUCAUUGUUGGGACAUGGCCGCCGGGGUUCUUAUCGUCACCGAGGCCGGCGGUGUGGUAAUGGAUCCGGCCAACACUGACCUCGACAUCAUGGCCCGUCGUUGCCUGGCAGCCUCUUCCGAACACCUGGCCCUGCAACUGGGCAACAGUCUGCAGCAAAUCUAUCCAAGGCCACGCGACGACGAGGCCAAAGCCUCGCCUGAUGAAAUGGCCUCUGAGAUGAGGGACUUCAGCGCACAGACCGAUUUCCCGGAAACCGAAGAGUCGUCUUCCUCGGAUCAAAACAAGGACCAUGCUUAGUUCUCAGGAAACUGACCGCCAGGAAGUCCAAGUUCAAUUGGCGAGUAAAUUUCGUUGUAUCGAAAAUGCAAGAAUAUUUUGGUUUUUAUUUAAAAUGAGUGAAGAUGAUUUUGGAUUAGAUUGAAAAAUUAUCACUUGUAUGGUUUUUAAAUUUAAAAAAACCUACAAAAAAAUUUGGGAUCAUAAAGCCUUGGUGUCUGUUGUAUCAAAUUUGGUUGACAAUACCAAGUCUAUUUAAAAGUAGAACUAAUUAUAUAUCGGUUUAUUCACCAAACUUAUUUAGUAA